GAACAACCCAAUUAGUUAGAGAGAAGAGAAGCGAUACAAUUUCUGGAAAUAUGGCUGUGACUAUGGUUUCGAGUUCUUGGACGAAAAAAGAGAACGACAGCUUCAGGACUGCAUUGUCGUUGUUUCCGGCGUUUUGCCUUUCACGGUUCGAGCUUAUGGCCAAGCAUCUACGGAGAUCGGAUGUUGAUGUUAAGGAGCACUAUCAAGACAUGGUCGAAGACCUCUUGGAGAACGGAUCAAGUCAAACAGCUUUGCCAGGUAAAACGAUUGGUGCAAUUACGCAGCCUCCGGUCCAAAAAACCAUAUGGAAGAAAGAAGAACAUGAAUGGUUUCUGAUUGGGUUAAGGCGGUUUGCGAGAGAUUGGUAUAAGAUAGCGGCGUUAUUGGUUUCUAAAAACCGGAUGCAAGUCGCGAUCUAUGGACAUAAAUAUUUCAGUUGGGAGAGCUCGAAGAUGCAGCCAGUGAAACGUCGGAGAACCAAUGUCUUGAAUCCGGUUCACACCAGUAUGAAUUUGGCAAGCCGACAAGAGACCCGUGUUCAUCUGCGGUCGCAACAACAACAAAAAUCAGUUGUGGAAAGGGGAUACUUUAUGGCUUGGAAGCAGUGGACGAGGGUAGAUGACAAGCGGUUUGAGGAUGCUCUGGUGCUCUUCCCGGAGAAUUUUCCGAAUAGGUUUGAGAAUAUCGCCGUCUAUCUGAAGCUACCGCUUGAUGACGUGCUUGGCUACUACGACGCGUUGCUCCACGAUCUUGACCUGAUCGAAUCGGGUCAAGUUUCUGUAGAUUACCCGGAUUGCUCGUCAGCAGGUGAAAUCUCAUCCCAGUCCAAGCACGUGGAGAACGAUCGAAAGAGGGGAACUCCUUGGACAGAAGAGGAACACAGGUCGUUUCUGGAGGGUCUAGAGAUAUUUGGGAGGGGAGAUUGGAAGAGCAUAGCAAGGAUGAAUGUUAAGUCAAGGACCGCAACGCAAGUCGCAAGCCAUGCACAAAAGUAUUUCUUGAGGCAAAACGUGGAGAGUAAGGCAAAGAAACGCUCGAGUAUCCAUGACGUAACUUCUGUAGAUGCUAACAGUGUGACCGUCCCUGAAUCCGAGUUGGACUCUAUGAUGAGCCAGCAACGUUUUGGUCAGCAGAUUCCUCCGGAACAGUUCCAUUCUCACGGCUACUUCCCGGAUUCUAUCUAGAUAUGAUGACCAAGAUGAAGAUUUCGAAUGAC